AUGAUGAGCGAAAAGCUUGAUGAGAUUUCACUGCUGGUCAGGAAUAUAAAAAGCAAGAUGGAUGUUGUUGUUUCGUCAACUGUGUCUCUGAGAGAACUCAACUACAGAAUAGAAGCGCUUCUGGUAUCAUUCAAAGCAUAUGCAUGCAAAAGAAAACUCACAAUGCUGGACAACACUUUAUCUUUAUCAACAAAUGAUGUUGGAAACAUAAAGGAAAAAUACCAUCAAAACGAUUGCACAGCACAUCAGAAUGCCGAGAACGAGUGUUUUCAACAGCCUACUCCAUCGACUUCAUCCACCUACCUAAAUAAAACUGAAUGCCUGGAAGAGUACAUCGUUCGCAUGAAGCCAAGAUUUUCCAAUAGCAAGCUUUUGAUCAAUAGUGCUAUAAAAAUAGCAAGUCUACUACACUCAAGCACAGAAGAAGUGAUGAUAGAAGAAAUCAUAAAAAAUACUGGUGUGCCAAGAUACAGAUGCAUUGAUAUUCUAAACACAAUGCUAAGAGCAGAUCCACCAUUGGCCUCAAAAAGAUUCAACAAGGGAUUCGCAUACUCUAUAGUGCUUCUAUAG